AUGGAAAAUACAUUGGUUAUUGAUGACAAUGAAGAAGCUACUCUCAAUACUGGUGCAUUUGACCGAGCGGAUAGUCAGAUUGGGUCGUCUUCAACAAAUCAGCCGAUGGACACUGAUGAACCACAAACUAGAUCCGAUAGUAUUCUUGGUUUUGAUACUCUUGAUUUAAAUGAAGUCGACGGAAUAACUUCAUCUCGGCUAAAACGAUUCCAAGAUUUGUUACAUCAAGUGACAUCAAGAUCCGAUUUUGAUGGACAAAAAUUCUUUAACGAUUUGCUGGAAGAUAUUAAUAAUGACUUACCAGAGGAUCAAAAAUUUUCUAAGGACGAGGCAGAAGCAGCUCUAAAUCUUAUGGCAAAGAAAAACAAA